GGCACCAGGAUGGCCAAGGACUUGGCCGCGCUCUUGGCUGACAGCCCUGUCUCACUCGGCACCGGGGGCGGUACGUGUACACUCACGUCCGUUGGCGCGUGCACCAACACCAACACCCAGACGGACGCAUUCAAGCUCAAUCGGGAGGCUGCCGUGUUCGCCCCCGCUCGCCCGCCUGGCUGCUGGCACCCGGAAGGCGGGGAUGGAGGUUCCCCCCACGAGACCGGCUUCAUUUUCGAGGGCGGCGGCACUGAUGACAGCGCCUACACCUGCUGGCUGCCACAGGCCAACGGCCCUGUGGCGGCCAGAUGCGGCGCCGAGCGCCGCGCGGAGGCCGGCCACCCUGCCGACGCCGAGGAACACGCCGCCCGCCCCGCCAGCUCCGCACGGCCGGCCGCGGCUGGGUGCUGGGCUGCGGUCGACGCCGAUCGCUGGGCUGAGGCCAGACGCCGCGCAGAGGUUGGGCUCUGCGCCGAGGCCAAGCGCCGCGCGGAGGCCAGCCGCCUGUGCGAAGCAUGCGAGCGCGCGGAGGCCGAGCGCCAUGCG